AUGGCAGACACCAUCACGGCCAACGCAUUUCGGAUCGAACCGCUUGCCGGUUCAUCAAACUAUGGAGCAUGGAAAGUCCAGAUGAUGGACAUUCUGACAGAACAGAAUCUUGAUGAUCAUGUCGAUGAUUCCGUUACGCCCCCAGACGAUUCCGAAGCAUCGAAGAAGAAGGCCUGGAUCAAAAAUGAUCGCCGAGCCCUGUCAUCGAUCAGACUCCGUGUUGCCCCAGCUGUCGUUCAGCACGUCCAGGGGGAGACCACUGCUCUAGGUGCCUGGCAAAUGCUGUCACACCUAUUUGAGCUUAAAGGCCAGAUGGGCCUAGUCCUCGCGCGCCACAAGUUUUACAGUACCCGUGCCAACCCCGAAGAACCGCUUGAGCCGCACAUCAAAUUGAUGCGACAGAUCCAGGGAGAGCUGACAUCGCUUGGUCACAUGGUUGAUGAUGCAGACUUUGCUGUCACACUUCUCAGCUCCCUUAGUAGUCAAUGGGACCCAUUUAUUCGUGCUGCACUUGCUUCCCCCACUGCCCCAACCUCCAAAACCACCAUCUCCUCAAUUCUCACAGAGGAAGCCCGCCGAAACAAUCAUCCUGCUGAUAAUGGUGAAAUUGCGCUUACUGUACGCACUGCCACCCGUCACGUCAACCGCUUCGUCCCGAAGAACCAUGCCAUCACCCCUUCCAAUUCCCACACGCGCCCGGCUAACUCCGCUACCUGCCAUAAAUGCGGCGGCAGAGGUCAUUUUGCACGCGUUUGCCCAACACGCGACAGUGAUGACAAAGAGGGAGAGAGCAAUCAAAAUGGUGCUCAUUUCUUCACAGAAUCCGAUCUGGUGGACAACGACAAUGAUUAUGCCUUCUGA